AUGGUAAAAGAACUUUUGAGUCAAGGAACAGUCGAACGAGCAAAUCAGGAUGUUAAAAAGAUUCUCUGUACACAAUUGAGGGAAGAAAAAUCGUCAAAAUGGGCACCAAAUGAAGUGAGAAAUGUCACGGAUAUUGAGAAUGAGGUUUUCGAAGGCGAGAAAUUUGACGAUUGGAGUGAGGCAAUAUUGGCAUCUAGCACAGAAAAUCCGUCAUACUUUCCUAAGUCAGACGAAAAACUCGAUUCCGAUCGUAAGUCAGUUUUAACUCAACGGGUGGCAGAAAUUGAGCAGCAUCGAAAGGGAGCCGUCGAAUCUCAACAGAAACAGGCCGACAAGAUGCUGGAGGAAUCGAAAAACAGAUUUGGACCAGUUGCAGUUGGAAUGACGAUUGGCACCAAGAAUGGAGUUUUGCAGCAAAAGCUCACCCGGAAUCAAUUUGAACCGGCCAACAAAAAUUUUCUCUCAGCCGAUGACGUCCCUUCUCAACAUAUAACAUUUCGUUCAGCUAUCGGAGCCGAAUCAUUAUCAGGAACUCAGGGUCACAAGCAUUGCAAUUGCACAAAUGGAUGCACGAAUGGACGAUGGUCCUAUUGUUAUUGGAAGGAGUACUGGGGCUGGAAAUCGUUUCUAGUGGCUAUGAAAUGUGAAUUG